AUGGCAGCCAUAGCCCGGAUCACGGCGUUUGCAAAAACCGCUCGGCUUGCGCCUUGUCCUCCACGAACCAUGGCAACAUCAACCACCAGUACCAAACCCGACUGGUCCCCGGAGAAAUAUCUCCGCUUCGAAGCUCCCCGCGGCAGGCCCAUCAACGACUUGAUCUCAUUCCUCUCCCGCUCCGGCCUAUCACAACCGCAGAGGAUCAUCGACUUGGGCUCCGGGCCGGGAAACUCGACCAUUGCCCUCAAGAAGCAAUGGCCUGGCGCACAAAUCACCGGCGUUGAGCUCUCCCCCGCCAUGGUCACCGCUGCCAGCGAGAAGAAUGGCGGCGAAGGCAUCGACUACCAAGCCGGCGAUGUGAAGGACUUCAUCGCGCCCCCAGACACCGACCUCAUCUUUAGCAAUGCAGUGUUCCACUGGCUGCGUAGCAGUGAAAGAAUCGCAACGAUUGUGCAACACCUCAAGCGACUAAAGCCAGGGGGUUUGUUGGCGUUCCAGGUGCCGGAUAACUUUGCUGAGCCAUCUCAUCGUUUGAUGAGAGACACGGCAUACCACUCUCCGGGACCGUGGGCAAAGUACUUUAUGGGUCAAGACCAAAAGCCGGAGCUUGACCCGAUCGAGUCGGUCGGGACAUGGUACAGCUCACUGAAGCCUCAUUGCGAAAGCGUCGAGAUCUGGCACACGACAUAUCACCAUAUCCUUGAGGGACAUGAGGCGAUUGUCAAGUGGUUUGAGACCACGGGGCUGAAGCCAUACCUGGAUUUGUUGGAGCAGGAUGAGGCAGCAAAGAAGGCGUUUUUGGAGCAGUACGUGAGAGGACUGAAGAGAGAGUAUCCGACAUUGGCGGACGGAAGGGUGGUGCUUCACUUUCCCAGGUUGUUUGUAGUAGGCUUCCGAGGUAAGGCAUGA